AUGUGCUUACAUGACGAAACAUUCAGGUUGGCGUUGGAUUCUAUACAAAGAAAAUACGAAGAAGAGCUGAAUGAUAAGCUUCGGAAUCUGACUGGUUGUAGUAAUAGUGCCAUCUCAUCACAAGCUAGUACGUCGGCCGAUGUGAGAUCCGAUGUGCAGCAUUCAAGACAUAGCGCUGUGGAAAUACAAAAUCGGCGCCUACAACGUGAAAUAAGACAAAAAGAUGCGGUAAUUGAGGAGCUGCGGCAGAAAGUGACCUUUCUUGAACGCCGAGUAGCUGACUUGACCGGCGAAGAGCUUCCGCUCAGAUAUGGUAGGAUCCGUUCUUUCAGCAGUGGUCUUUUCUUUACAUUUGCUUAUUACGACAUGAUUUUAUUACUGAUACAUCAGCGGCAUGAGGGAAGAACGGGCUUAAUAUUUGAUUAA